AUGCCGCCAAAGAAGAAAGCAACAACUCAUGUCCAUGCCGCGAAACCCCAGCCCUCCAAAGACUCCCUGGAGAAUGCGCCUACACCUCCCUCCACACUGCAAAAGUCCGAUUCUGUCGCACAUUCGGCCACCUCGAUCAAUGGACAGAUUCCUACCACCAAGGGAGACAACGAUUCCAAGACAGGCGAUACCACGGAGUCAGCAGGAGAGCCUAACCCAACACCGGCAGUGAACCGAAAAAAGCAAAAGCGACGGGAGAAGGAGGCAGCAAAGCGAGCCGCGGAACAAAAACAACCCAACGGUGAUGCUCAUCCAAACCCGAAGCCACAUGGCCAGUUACCUCCGGUCAAGCAAGGGCGAGGCCCAGUAAAGGGCUACUUCACCGAAGAACCAGAUUAUCCGGAUCCUUCAGAUCCGUCCUAUGCCGAUAUUGGGAGUCCAGAAGAAGCCUUCUACAGUGGUGACGAGGAUCCGCAUUUUGCUGAAGGUGCGGACGGCAUGCCCGAUAGCUCCUGGCUUAAUACGAGUAAGCGGAAAAAGUCAAAGGGUGGAAAGUCGCAUUUACCCGACACGGAAUCGUUAUCACGGUCUUCCACCAUGCUGUCGAGGUCACACAUCCCACCCUUAUCGAAUGCAGCUAUGCGGGCAUCUCAGAAAUUAUCCAGUAGCGACCAUAUCUGGAAUACCUCAACGCAGGCCGAAAGAGAAAAUAUCAAACAAUUUUGGCUGGAACUGGGGGAAGAAGAGCGUCGGUCUCUGGUGAAAGUGGAGAAAGAGGCGGUACUGCGCAAGAUGAAGGAGCAACAGAAACAUUCCUGCAGUUGUUCGGUCUGUGGGCGGAAGCGGACAGCAAUUGAGGAAGAGUUAGAGGUUCUCUACGAUGCAUACUAUGAGGAGCUUGAGCAAUUCGCCAACCACAACACGGACCUGUCCAGCGUACCGCAGAUGAUGGCUCCGCCUCGCCCACCGUUCAGAAGAGUCACACAUCCCAUGGCAGGCUCGUAUCCUUCGCGAGGUCGUGUACACGAGGUCGACGAGGACGAUGAAGACCUGGAGGAUGAAGACGAGUAUGACGAUGAGGACGAUGAGGCGUAUAGUGACGAAGACGAUUAUGACGACCAUGGCCUUCCGCCUGGCCCGCCUGAUUUCUUCCAAUUUGGCAACAGUCUGACUGUCAAAGAUGGCAUACUCACCGUCGCAGAUGAUCUGCUGAAAAACGAUGGGAAGCAUUUUAUAGACAUGAUGGAGCAGUUGGCAGAGAGGCGCAUGCAACGUGAGGAAGAAAUUCACUACCCCCCUUCUUCAUAUGCUCAUCGAGAUUAUCAUCAAGGUCACAAUCAUCCUCCCAUAGAUGAUGACGAUGACUAUGACGACGAGGAAGAUGAUGAGGACUAUGAUAGUCAGGAGGAGGACGAUUUCGAAGGAGAUGAAAUGGACUCGAUGACUGAAGAACAGCGGAUGGAAGAAGGCCGGCGAAUGUUUCAGAUUUUCGCCGCUCGAAUGUUCGAACAGCGCGUUCUGACGGCGUACCGAGAGAAAGUGGCGGCAGAACGUCAGAAGAAGCUCCUCGAAGAACUGGACGAAGAGUCACGUCUCGACAGUCAACGAGAAGCCAAGAAAGCUAGAGAAGCGGCCAAGAAAAAGGAGAAGAAGAAAUUGCAGAAGAUGGCCAAGGAUGAGGAGAGGGCAAAGAAAGAGGCUGAGAAGGCGGCGCAAGAAGCAGCGGCUCGCGAACUUGAAGAGAAGCGCCAGCAAGAUCAGCGUAAACGACGCGAGGAGCAGAGAAAGAAGCGGGAGGCCGAAAAGAAGGCUGCCGAGGAGGAGCGACAGCGAAAAGAGGCCGAGAAACACCGAAAGCAGCAGGAACAGCGCGAACGACAGCUCGAACUCGAACGCAAACAACGUGAAGCCAAAGAACGAGAACGGCUGAAACGCGAAGAGAUGAAGAAGAAGGAGCGUGAGGAACGAGAACUGAAAGAAAAGGAGGCGCGGGAACGUAAAGCGAAAGAAGACCACGAGAGAAAGGCAAAGGACGAGCAAGUAAAGAAAGAGAAAGAGGCAGCACAGAAGGCGGAGAAGGAUUCCAGACUGCAUCAACCCUCGACAAAGCAACAGCCUGUCGUCCUACCGCCUGGUCUACAUCCCCCUUCACGUGGUUCAAGCAUUCACUCGCCGCAUUUCCAGGUUGCUACGCCUGUGGUUCCUCCCAAGGUGCCUACACCUGCUCGAAAUCGGCAACCGUCACAGCCUAGCCAGUACUCUCAUGGUUCGUCCCCGAAAUCCCAAAAAGCAAGCACAGAUGUUUCCGGCAGUUCUAUAUCGCCUGCAACAGUGGCUAUGCCACAGACGCCAGCACCGGGACAGCACCCAAAGGCCCAAGGUCAACCACCGGUGCUGCAUCAUCCCCAACCUUCUGCACCAAGAUCACCGCUGAACAAUCCCGGACGUGGACAGUAUCCCUUCAAUAUGAAUGGAAUCCCGGCCGCGGGCGUGAAUGGCCUAGCCAUGGGGGGACAAGGAAUGAUGCCAGGCAUGAUACCUCCGGUCCCGAAUUACCAGGGCCCCCCCAUGGGCAAUCAACAGCGUUUCGCCAUGAACGGCAUGCAGUAUCCACCGGGGAUUCCUAGGCCAUUUCAACCAGGUCAACAGAUGCCGUUUGUACCACAAGUGCCUGGACAAGCGCCGCCCAUGGCGAAUCAGCAGACAGUGCCCAAGCCCGUUGGCCAUUCCAGACAACCUUCGACAGACACCAGCUCGCAACCGACGCCGAUAUCACGCCCAGGACCCAUUGCCAGGCCCUCCAGCACAACACCUGACAAGCAGAAGCCGAUACGAGGGUCGCCCGACGCUGAUAUGGAGCAGCUCGCGACACAACUAGGUAGCAAAGCACUACUGGAUGACUCCGAUGAACCAUUCCUGGAGAACUCUGAGUCGCGAAUUGGUCUCGCGCCUGUCGGCCCUCCUUCGACAAGAAUGCCAUUUGCCGGUAGCUUUUCGGAACUCAAACAAGAGCCUUUCGCACCUAUCAACCACGGCUGGGGUGGGUUUCAUUCUGGCAUAUCUCCGGCUGCUACUUGGGGAGCUCCCGCGCCGCAACGACCAAACCCCGGCUGGUCUCAACCUCCAUUUGGUGCGCUCGGCGGUGGACCUCAACCCAUGCCCAGAUCACAUUUUCCACGGCCGAUUGCCGUCCGACUAAUGCUUGUUCAAGCAUGCCGACACUUGUCCCAAACUCCGGGAUCUAGUGCCGACGGCUAUCACCCUGCACAAGCAGUUCUCCGACAGCUAGAAAUGAUCAAGGCACCGGGUGAACCACAUGUUUCCAUGGAGGAAAUGUUGGGCAUUUGCGACACAGAAGGCAAUCCCCAGAAUGGUGGGGGUUCUUUCGAAGUUGUCAUGGACAAAACCAGAGGACAGGUCAUCAGGUUCGUGGAAGAUGCACCCGUGCCAAACAGAGGCAGUGUCGGCGAAAUUGGAAGUCCUGUCAUGGGACACAGUCAACAUAUCCAGACCAGUCCGUUCGGUGGCAUUGGCACAAGCAGUUUCGGACCGCCCGGCAGGAGUUUCUAG